GGCGCUUCCGGAAGCGGCGCCGCGGGCCGGGAGCGGGGCGCGAUGGGCGCCGCCCGUGACGGGGAGCAGCAGUCGGGGCCGCCGGGCGAGGAGGGCCCGGGCGGCGGCGAGGAGCAGCCGGGCGGCACGAGCCCCUGGAACAUCAUGAUCAAGCAUCGGCAGGUGCAGCGGCGCGGCCGGCGCUCCCAGAUGACCACCAGCUUCACUGACCCGGUCGUGUCCAUGGACCUGUUGCGAGCCGUGCUGCAGCCCAGCAUCAACGAGGAGAUCCGGGGCGUCUUCAAUAAGUACAUGAAGUUUUUCCAGAAGGCAGCACUCAAUGUACGUGACAACGUUGGGGAGGAGGUGGACCCAGAGCAGCUCAUCCAAGAGACGUGUCGGAGCUGCCUGGAGCAGGCCAAGCUGUUGUUCUCAGAUGGCAAAAAAGUUGUGUCCAGGUUGCCCCAUGAGCAGAUGGGACCAAAGCGUGCCCGACUGAUGGAUGAGGAAUUGAAUCGUCGAGGAAGCCCCCUUCCCAAAAAGAGAAAGGGACGGCCUCCAGGACAGAGCCUAUCAAAUGAUCGCGGGGUCUCAGGCAUGUCUGCGUGGAAGCUCAAAGUCUCUGAGCCUGUGAGAAGGGAUGGACCAAAGUGGGAUCCAUCCCGACUGACUGAAACCACAACCUUUGUGCUGGGAUCUCGAGCAAACAAAGCUCUCGGGAUGGGAGGAACAAGAGGGCGACUCUACAUCAAGCAUCCCCACCUCUUUAAGUACGCAGCCGACCCGCAGGAUAAGCAAUGGCUGGCAGAGCAGCAGCACAUGAGGGCCACUGGGGGCAAGAUGGUGAGUACGCCCGGGCUUGUGCCCGCUGCAGCCCAAGAACUGUGCGGAAACCCGCUCAGGUCGGACAGGGGCGGAGGAGCAGAGAGGCAGGCAGCACGCCACGGCAGGGCCGUGUGGCAGGACAGGCAGAGGCAGGGCUCGGGCACCUCGGCCAAGAGAUGUUUGCUGCUCCCGGGGCUCGGGCAGGCGCAAGAGCCAGGAACGCAGGGACGGGGUGGUAGAGCUGCCUUGUGGGCACCGCAGGCCCCAGCAGAAGCACAGCGCGUGUCUCGCCUUGCUGCAGGCCUACCUCCUGCUGGAAGAGGACAUCCGCGACUUGGCGGCCACUGAUGACUACAGGGACUCGGUGGACCUGCGGCUGGAGGAGCUGAAGCCCUUCGUCCCACCUGCCUGGAUGACGGAGAAGAUGCAGAAGUACAUGGAGACGCUU